UAUAAAAAUUAGAUGUGACAACAGGUCUUAAUAUGUCAAACAGCUGUUCUUGGUGGCUCUGUUCUCGGAAUUUCUGAAAGUUUUGAAGACUGUUGCGAUAAUAUUGCGAAAGGUUAAAAUUAAAAUGGAAGAGUGGGUCAGUGAAGGAUUGUCCAAAAUAUUAGACUUUGAAAUACCUGAAGAUCUAAUAAAAUAUAUUUUAUCAAUAGAGAAUGAAAAAGAUUUAAACGAAUAUCUUAGAACUCUACUGGAUUUCGAUAAUUCACAGCAUAAAAACUUUUACUUAGAGUUGACUAAAAAGAUAUUUCCUAACAGAGGAAGUUCCCAAACAAAACAGCAAAAAAAAAAGUUAUCAAAAAAUAAACAGCAAGAUUUUAUGAGUGUUGAACCAACUACUACACCAAAUACAAAUACUGAAGAAGAUUCCAAAUCUAAGAAAAAAACAAAAUUUGUCAACCUCUACUCUCAAGAGGGGAAGAAUGCUCAAGUUGUUUUAUUGAAAGGUAGGCACCACUGUGAAUGCCAGGCGUCCAAGCAUGAGCUGAUAAACAACUGUCUGCAAUGCGGCCGAGUGGUUUGCAGGCAAGAAGGUUCCGGGCCCUGCUUGUUUUGUGGUAAUUUGGUAUGCACUCCAGAGGAGCAAAGAGAAAUAAAUGCGAAGACUAAAUCCAGUGCCAAGCUUAUGGAGACUCUGAUGGAAAGGAGCCGACCUAAGGGUUGGGAGGCUGCUGUGUCACAUAGGAACAGGCUACUGGAGUAUGACCGCACUAGUGAACGUCGUACACGCGUCACAGAUGAUGAUAGCGACUACUUCAGCGCCAACAGCGUGUGGCUCAACGCAACCGAACGCGAAAAGCUGCAGAAGUACCAGCAAUCGCUACACGAAAAGAAGCACACUUCCAGGCUUAAUAAGAAGAUGACUUUCGAUUUUGGAGGUCGUCAAAUCUUAGAAGACAAGACCAUAGAUCACGAAGUGGAUGAGGAACGCAUUAGGCAAAUGACUGCAAAUAGUGGCAACACCAGUACUAACGCGCAAAUUCUGCGGCCAGACUUGUUCGCCGACAUGUCGACCGAUCGCGACGUUGCUCCGGGUGUGAACGCGCCUUUAUUACAGUUCGACGAGACGGUCUGUGAAGGCUAUUAUGCAUCAGCGGUGAGGUCGACCUGGGCUCAGUCAACCCGCAUCCAAGAUCUGGAGCUGCAAGAGAUGAGCGACUCCGGCAAAUGCUUGUCCAUGCACCAACCUUGGGCAUCGCUGCUGGUUGAGGGCAUUAAAAGACACGAGGGUCGAACCUGGUACACGAGCCACCGCGGCCGCCUUUGGAUCGCCUCCACCGCUAGAGCACCCGACCACGGUGUUGUGAGCUCGGUUGAGAACCAGUACAGAGUUCUUCGUCCGGAUGAGGAACACAAUUUUCCCUCUUUCUAUCCAACGGGAUGUCUUCUCGGAUGCGUCAAUGUUGAUGACUGCUUACCGCAAGAGGAAUAUGCAAAGAAAUACGCGAACUGUGACGAGAGCGACAGUCCCUACGUACUCAUUUGCUCUAAUCCCGUCAGUCUGAGACUGCGUUUUCCUAUCAAGGGACAUCAUAAGAUUUAUUCUUUGGAUAAGACCAUUCAUCAAGCGGCGGUGAAAUCUAUGCAGAAAACAUCAAAAAUGCGCGCCGCUGAAGAAGCCAAUGCUGGAUAAGUGAAUCAAGAAUUAUUACUUAAAAUGUUUAAUAAUAUAUUGUAAAUUUGAAAUAAAAGAAUUUGUAACUU